UGUGUUUGCGUCAUUUUGAACAGGCGCAUCGGGAACACCUUACGACACAGGUCCUUCCAUUGUCAACAUCAGGCCAAGCACGUGAACCGAGUCGGAGGUGAGGAUGGGUCGCUCCUCCAAAGACAAGCGGGACAUUUACUACCGUCUGGCCAAGGAGGAGGGCUGGAGAGCGAGGAGCGCCUUCAAGCUACUGCAGCUUGACAAUGAGUUCAACCUGUUCACAGGUGUGAACAGAGCAGUGGAUCUGUGUGCAGCUCCUGGCAGCUGGAGUCAGGUCCUCAGUCGGAAACUCAGAGGUCGGGAGGAGAAGGGUGAGGAGGUGAAGAUCGUGGCGGUGGACCUGCAGGCCAUGGCUCCUCUGCCAGGAGUCACUCAGAUCCAGGGAGACAUCACCAAGGUGUCGACAGCUCAGGAGAUAAUCCGUCACUUUGAGGGUCAGCCGGCCGACCUCGUGGUGUGUGACGGAGCCCCAGACGUAACGGGGCUCCAUGAUGUGGAUGAGUACAUCCAGGCUCAGCUCCUAUUGGCUGCUCUGAAUAUCACCACUCACGUCCUGAAACCUGGAGGAACAUUUGUGGCCAAAAUCUUCAGAGGUAAAGAUGUGACGCUGCUGUACUCUCAGCUGAAGAUCUUCUUCAGUGGUGUGACCUGUGCUAAGCCUCGCAGCAGCAGGAAUUCCAGCAUUGAGGCGUUCGUGGUUUGUCAGAAUUACUCUCCUCCUGAAGGUUACGUCCCCAACAUGUCCAACCCUCUGCUGGAUCACUCCUACGAUGUGGACUUUAACCAGUUAGAGGGUCCAAAUCGUGUCAUUGUUCCCUUCCUGGCAUGUGGUGACCUCAGCGCCUUUGACUCCGACAGAACCUAUCCUCUGCAGCUGGAUUCUGAUAAACAGUACCAGUACACGCCCCCCACUCAGCCGCCCAUCUGCCCCCCCUACCAGCAGGCCUGCCACCUCCGCAAAAACAACAUGCUUUCCAAAGAGGACACUCCGUCCGUCUGUCCCGACGAGAGUCGAGACGAGACAGAGCCCUUAGCCGAUGGAGAACAGUUUAAAUAAUACAUUCAGUAUAAUGCUGUGCAGAAACUGUGGAUCACUGUACCGGGUGUUUGUUCAAUCACAGGAGUUUGUUUUUAUUGUUUCAUCUGGUUUUAUGUAGGUCUCUGUGACAGAUCCCUCAUCCAUCAGGCCGAAUAAUUGUUAACAUUUUAUGUUCAGUGUUUACAUUCAUUUAAAGAGUGACUAAAUUCAGAAUAAUGGAUUGUCUCUAUAACACAUUAUAUUGUUCAUAACACAAUCUUGUUUCUGAUCAAAAGCUCCUAAGUCACAGAAUUGAUCAUGUUUUGGUCUUUAGAUCUUCAUCAUUCAUCAUUGUUCUCACAAACAAAUCAGUCUUUACCUUGUCAACAGUAGCUCUGCCUGUCUGACAGCCAUAACUGUGUUUUUACAUUGAGUGCAUUAAAAAGGUGAAAUUAA